AUGCAUGCUCCGAUCCCCCCCGAGUCUGCCAGCCUGCUGCUGUCUGGCUUAUCAGCGCUGCUGCUGCUGAUGCUGCUGGAUGCUGCACGGUGGCGCAGCCCAGAUCCAACUGAGGAUUUGAGGAUGGAAACGUGAAGACAACGGGUCUGUUGGAAGCCUGCAAUUGGGGUGGAAUAACCCAGAAGAGCCCCAGUACGCACUCAUGAUGUUUAUUUGAUCCAUUAGUUUAACCCUAUUGAGAAAAAGCGCCGCUGCCUGCCACUCAGCGGACCGUGAAGUCGCUUUGCAAUAGGAUUUUACUGAUGCGCGUCUCUUCGGAUCAGGUGCGCCGGCAUUUCCCUAACUUACCUGCGGUGAUGAUUUCUGCUUAUUUCUCAGUGUGAGCCGCAGCGCACAGGUGGGAGAGGAUUUAAAUCCCAAACUUUGGAUUCUCUUUUCUGGAUUUUUUUUUUUCCUUCAUUUUUUUUUUAAAGGAGAUGGCAGUUGCAGAUUGGAGAUGUACACGCCUUGUUUAACACAUCAGUUAAUUCUGGAUGGAUGCUGUCAAUGUUACCGCGGCUGUUCUGGCAGAUGAGUGUGUGUCUAAAUUCACACCGUGGAUACCUGCCGUGCUGACGGAUCGCUGCGCGUUCGCCCGCUCGGAGUCUCGCUCACGUGAAAAUCACUCCUCGGUCCUUUCCCGGGGAAAGUUUGUGACUGGGACGCGGCGGAGGAUGAAGGCAGCGCACCUUGUUCGGCUUCCCCGCGGACUCUGCGCUCACUGAAUGCGCCCCCAUCCCCCCCCUCCUUUUCCCCCUGUAAAAGUGGUUUGAAUAGAUUUUGAUAAUUUGUGGAUGGGUUUGUGAUUCAGUGUUUGGAGGAUUAACUGGAGAAUGUGUAUCCAAAGUGUGGAUUCGUGCUCUGGCCGGAGGGGAGAGCGGCGGACACCCCAGUCCCUUCCUGGGACGACAGGUGUUCCGUGUAAACAGUGACUCCAGAUCCCAAAAUGCCGAGCUGUGGAUAGAGAGGCUGCCCUGUGGGUCAAGCUGACCUGUGUCUACCUCCCUGCACCCCCCUCUCCUCAUUUCCUACUUCCUCAUCCUCCUUUUUUCCUCUUUUCCUUUUCUCCUUUUUAUUAAUAUUCCCCCUCUUCAACCCUUUAUCCUCCACCUUACUGCUUUUCUCCACCUCUUACCUCCCCCCCUUUUUUUUUUACCACCCAUCGCUGUCUGCUCCUCACCCUCUCCUGCCUCACCUUCUCCUCUUGUUGUCGUUUCCUUCCCUCCUAUCCUCUCUCCUUCGCUCAUUCUCUUCGCCUGUCCCCUGAACCCACCACCUCCUCCUCUCCCUCCCCCCCACAGCACACAUGCAGGCCAAGAAGCGGUACCUGCUCGUGUCUGUGGGGGCCGGUCUUCUCUUCCUCGUCUACCUGUGGGGUCUGCAAAUCGGGGAGUUCCAGCAGCAGCCGUACCAAUAUCGCCAGUUACCCCAGUACCCCCAGUAUCACCAGUACCAUCAGCAGGAGUACCAGUACUUCCACCAGAAUCAGGACGUGUACCAGCCCCAGCCCCAGCCGCUGCCCCAGAGAAGUCCGUCCAGACCGCCCAGGCACUGGCCCGAGUUGACUGAGCUGCUGGAGCCGUACCUGGAGGGGGGAGAGCAGGAGGAGGACACCCCUCAGCUCCACCACCAGCACACCUCCCCUCGUGAACGCCGGGCGAUCCGCGACAACAUCUACAAAAACAAGCGCUGCCGCAUGGAAACCUGCUUUGACUUUGCUCGCUGUCAGUCGGGCUUCAGGGUUUACAUCUACCCUCCCCAGAGAGGGGACGAGAUCUCAGAGACCUACCAGAAGAUCCUGUCAUCCAUCGAAGAGUCCCGCUUCCACACCACAGACCCUUCAAGGGCCUGUCUGUUCAUUCUGGCAGUGGACACGCUGGACCGGGACCAGCUCUCCGCACAGUACGUCCAGAACGUGAGGUCCCGCAUCCAGAGCCUGCCGACGUGGAGCGAUGGCAGGAACCACCUCAUCUUCAACCUGUACUCGGGCACCUGGCCGGACUACACAGAGGAUCUGGGCUUCGAGGUGGGCCAGGCCAUGCUGGCCAAGGCCAGCGCCGAUGUGGUCAACUUCCGACCAAACUUUGAUAUUUCCAUCCCUCUGUUCUCCAAGGAUCACCCGCUGAAAGGAGGGGGGAUAGGUUAUCUGACACUCAAUGACGCGCCGCCUUCCAGGAAGUACCUGCUGGUUUUCAAAGGGAAGCGCUACCUAACUGGCAUCGGCUCAGAGACGAGGAACGCUCUAUAUCACAUCCACAAUGGGGAAGAUAUUAUCCUGCUGACCACGUGUAAACACGGCAAAGACUGGGAGAAACACAAGGACUCUCGCUGUGACAGAGAUAAUGAAGAAUACUCAAAGUUUGACUACCAGGAGCUGCUCCAUAACUCCAGCUUCUGCCUGGUGCCCCGGGGCCGACGUCUGGGAUCCUUUCGCUUCCUGGAGGCCUUGCAGGCCGCCUGCAUCCCAGUUAUUCUGAGCAACGGCUGGGAGCUUCCUUUCUCUGAAGUGAUCGACUGGAGGAAAGCCGCUAUCAUCGGGGAUGAGAGACUGCUGUUGCAGGUUCCCUCCAUUACUCGGUCUGUGGGCCGUGACAGGAUCUUGGCUCUCCGCCAGCAGACCCAGUUCCUCUGGGACGCCUACUUUUCUUCUGUAGCCAAAAUCGUCUUAACUACUCUGGAGAUCAUCCAGGACCGUGUGGACUCCCACGUGUCCAGAAACCGGUUGUUGUGGAAUUCCCUGCCUGGUGGUCUCUAUGCAUUCCCCCAGUACUCAACUGACCCUGCCCAGUUCCCUUUUUAUUAUGCCAUACUGGGUAAGAGCCCGUCGCAGCAGUUCACAGCUGUGAUCCAUACGGUAACUCCUCUGCAGUCCCAGAUCUCCCCUGUGGUGAAGCUCAUCAUCGCUGUAGCCAAGUCCAAGUUCUGUGCACAGAUUGUGGUUUUAUGGAACUGCGACAAGCCUUUACCUCCGAGGAACAAGUGGCCCUCCACCAGUGUGCCUCUCACUGUCGUUGAAGGACAGGCCAAGACGAUGAGCAGUCGUUUUUUCCCCCACGACGUCAUCAUCACUGAUGCUGUUCUCAGUCUGGAUGAAGACUCGGUUCUCUCGACCAAUGAGGUGGAUUUUGCCUUCAUUGUAUGGCAAAGUUUUCCGGAGCGUAUCGUAGGUUAUCCAGCGAGGAGCCACUACUGGGAUAGUUCCAGAUCCCGCUGGGGCUACACCUCCAAGUGGACCAAUGACUACUCCAUGGUCCUGACAGGAGCAGCUUUCUACCACAGAUAUUACCACUACCUGUUCACCCACCACGUCCCGCCCAGCCUGCUGACCAUGGUGGACCGCAUGGCCAACUGUGAGGACAUCCUGAUGAACUUCCUGGUUUCGGCCGUUACCAAGCAACCGCCGAUCAAAGUCACACAGAAGAAGCAGUACAAGGAAACCAUGAUGACCCAGGGCUCCAAGGCCUCUCGGUGGGCCGACCCGGACCACUUCGCCCAGCGUCAGACCUGCAUGAACGCCUUCAGCCACUGGCUGGGUUUCAUGCCCCUGGUGCACUCCCAGAUGAGGUUGGACCCUGUGUUGUUCAGGGACCAGGUUUCCAUCCUGAGGAAGAAAUACAGGGACAUCGAGAGGCUGUGAAUGCACAAGGAUGAACGCCAAACCACUGACCAGGAGAGAGAAAGUAAGAGAGGCUGGCAAAGUGCGUGUGUGUGUGUGUGUGGGGGGGGGGGGGGGGGUGUUCUUGUGUUUCCUGUUUGAGAGGUCAUGACAAGAAUACACACACACACAAUGAAUGCAAACAUUUGUGAGACUAUAAAGGAAAACUCACACACAUGCAUCGGAAAUAAAAAUGAUGAAGCACGGAGGUAAGCAUAAGGCAUUUAACUGCGCAUUUCUAUGGAGAAAAAAAAAAACCUGCUGAUUGAGUAUGCGUGGUUGAUAACAGCCAGAAACUGUGCAUACCCGCCAUCUGUGACAGUACACAUAAAUAUGAAUGCAUGGACACACAUGCAAAGACCUGAACACAUUCAAGGCGGUCCUGACCACAGACAUUCAGUAUGUGUUGCAUGGUUUGAAAACGACAGCUGUACAAGGACCUGAAAAAUAUAUUGUCUUUGAAUUUAAAAAAAUAUAUAUAAGAGAUAUGUUUAUCAUGGAUAUUGGCCUGUUGGCAGUAGAGGAGUAUACAGUAUAUUGUUGGCUCAAGAGAUUUAUGAUUUAUCAGUUGUAUUCAUAAAGUCCAAAGUCAAAGGAAGUGGUUAUGUAUGUACAGAACAGACUCAUUAUGGACAAAUGGGACAAAGUGUAGCUUCUGGGUCGGGCCAGAUGACAGCUGCUACCCCAAAACAGCCAGAGACAAUGGCAGUUUGCCUCUUGUAUACUAUUGUAGAUUUUCAGCUGCAGUUCCUGUCUGUAUGAAGCAAAUAAAAAAAUAAAGUUAUGUAAUGUUAUAAG